AACAGUAUAGCUUUUGAUCUCAAGAGUUUCAGAGACAUGUUUUUCCGGGAGUUUUUACUUGUUUUUCUGCUCUUGGAAGCCACCCUGGCUGGUCCAGAGGAAAAAGAAGGUGUAAAAUAUGCCGACAAGUGCGAAGCCUGCAAAAUUCUCGCAACAGAACUCCAAGCACGCCUCACAGAGACUGGGAAAUCCCAUGAUGUGAUUGAGAUUGGAUACUCUGUGGACGAUGUGAAGCCAAAGAAGAAAAAGGAAUACAGACGGAGUGAAUUGCGACUUUUGGAAUCUCUGGAAAAUGUCUGUGAAAGGAUUCUGCAGUACAACAUACACAAAGAGAGACAAGACAGCACGAGAUUUGCAAAAGGAAUGUCUCAAACAUUCCAAACUCUGCAUGGACUCGUGGACAAAGGAGUUAAGGUGGAUUUGGGCAUUCCUCUGGAGUUGUGGGACAAACCAUCUGCGGAGAUAACAAAUCUCAAGACUCAGUGCGAGAGUCUUCUGGAGGAAUACGAGGGUACCAUUGAAUCUUGGUAUUUUAAGCAUCAGGACAAUGUCCCACUGAUGCAAUAUCUCUGCGAAGAACGUGCUCUCAUGGGGCAGUCUCACAAAUGCCUCUAUGAAGUCGUUCAGGAGAAAGGUGACAGUGGGAAAAAGGACGAAUUGUGAUUUUUAUAAUAUUACAUAAAUUGAACAUUUUCUAUAAUUAAGAAAAUCAUAAUUUCUCUGGAAA